AAAGUAAGAUCAAGGAUGUGUACAGAAAGAGUAGUAGGUUCAUUCUAUACAGAUGUUAGAGACUGCACCAAGUAGAGCUAAAAGGCUUUCUAUCCAACCUAUCAUCCACAGCCUGUGGCCAGUGAGAUGUUCUUCGUUACACGGUUUCAUAACCAUAAACAUCAUUUGAAGGUACUAACAUAUGCAUCGACAUGCAGUUUCUAUCAAUGGUGGACCGUGGAUGCCAAUUUUUCUUGUGUUGUUUGCCUCCAGCUACCAUAGCCAUUUCCUCGACAGUUUCAGUAUCAUCCUGACGGUCGGUCCUGACCAUCUAGGGAAUCAUCGGUCUUUCUGUGUCUUGAAAAUGGAGACCUGCAGUUCAUUAUGGAGCGAAGAGCGGUUCAAGCAGGAGACACUUACCUUCUUUAUUGAAUCAUGUUAGCAAUCUGUCAUCUCUUCUCUUUGACGUUGUCUCUUACGUUAACAUUGCACGAGAAAGACAUAAUACGCCGAUUGUGCUUUAUGUAAAACAUAAACUGCAGACAUCACAUAGCAACAAGCACAAGAAUUAGACAGAUGUAGGCGGAGUUUGGCUGGGCUUCGGUUCAAGCCAGAAGAAUCCAUGGUGGCUUGAGUAUUUGCCAAAACUCCUAAUUUGUGGAAGGCCUUGGGUUGCGGUCUGCACCGCUGGUUUGCUUGGUCCUCAAUAUAAUCACAAACAUUCGGCUAUGAAUAAAUUUGGACCGAAGAAACCGACCGAAAGUUGGUACUCCAAUCUUUGACAUGACAGAAGAAACCCAAAUCCUUUACUCAACUCUCUAGCACCUGCCACUUAAGGACUGCAUCUCAAGGAGAAAUUGCACCAUUCUCAACCCACUAAUGGCUCUAAAUGAUUUCCCAGUCAUAUGGCUCCUUGUUCUCUUAUUUCUUGCCCUUGUGGUUCUCAUCCUCAGGAACAAGAUCAACUCAUUAUCAGGAAGAAAGAACAGCAACCUGCAGCAACAGAUCCCACCAGGUCCUCCUAAACUUCCAAUACUUGGCAACUUGUAUCAGCUUGGUGCUUUGCCGCACCAGUCACUCUGGCAACUUGCCAAGAAAUACGGCCAAGUUAUGCAGUUCCACUUCGGCCGGAUACCUGCCGUGAUUAUCUCCUCCCCUGAAGCGGCCAAAGAAGUGCUGAAAGUUCAUGACCUUGCCAGUUGCAGCCGGCCACCCCUGGCUGGAACUAGGAGACUGACAUAUAACUAUCUGGACGUGGCUUUCUCACCUUAUGGAGACAACUGGAGGUUCAUGAGAAAAAUGAUUAUACUCGAGCUCUUCAGCUUAAAGAGGGUGAAGGCGUUUCGGUUUGUUCGGGAGGAAGAAGUUGGCCUGCUGAUCGACUCCAUCUCUGAAACAUCAGCAACUGCCUCCACCGUUGAUCUCACUGAGAAGUGUUACUCUCUCACAGCAAACAUAACUUUCAGGAUGUCAUUUGGGUUCAAUUACCACGGGAGCGACUUCGACAAAGGCAGGUUUCAUGAAGUGGUUCAUGAAGCUGAGGUUGUUAUGGGAACCAUAUCGGGGAAGGAGGGUUUCCCUCGACCAGUUGGUUGGAUUGUUGACAAACUCAGUGGCCACGAAGCAAGGAUUGAAAGAGUUUUUCAUGAGCUCGACACUUUCUUCCAGCAUGUCAUUGAUGAACACCUCAAGCCUGGAAGGGAAGGAACUGAAGAAGACAUGAUCGAUAUGCUGCUGGCAAUCGAGAAAGAACAAACUCAACUACUCGGUAGCAAAUCUCAGUUCAGAAGAGAGAACAUCAAGGCCGUUUUGCUGAACCUGUUCAUAGGUGGAACUGACACUGCUGCAUUGACUGUGAGCUGGGCAAUGGCAGAGCUGGUGGCAAAUCCCAAAUUGAUGAAGAAAGCACAAGAUGAAGUCAGGGACAUAGUGGGAGAGAAAGGCAGGGUAACUGAAGAUGAAAUUGAAAACUUGGAAUACUUGAAGCUGGUAAUCAAAGAAACUCUGAGACUCCAUCCACCAGCCCCUCUUCUGCUCCCAAGAGAAGCAUCGUCCCACUUGAAAAUCUGCGGAUACGAUGUUCCUCCCAAGACAUUGAUCCACGUCAAUGCCUGGGGGAUGGGACGGGAUCCAAACUACUGGAAGAAUGCUGAUAAGUUCAUCCCUGAAAGAUUUGCAGGCAGCUCCCUGGAUUUCAAAGGACAUGAUUUCGAGUACCUGCCAUUUGGAGCUGGUCGCAGAAUCUGUCCUGCAAUGAACAUGGGAAUAAUCACUGUGGAAAUCGCACUGGCGAAUCUGCUCAACUGCUUUGACUGGAAAUUGCCAAAUGGGAUGAAGCCCGAAGAUGUAACCAUGGAAGAGAAGAGUGGCGUCAGUCUCACUUUGGCCAGAAAGGAGCCUCUCCUACUUGUCCCUGUCAACUGGCUCAACAAGUAAACCAGCAGAAGCACAUCAUCUGAACACUAUGAAUCCGUAUCAGUGAAAAUAUCCAUCCUACUACUACUUGUAACUAAAUAAGACGCCAAUAAGAACUAGAGGUUUGUUUUCCUGCUAUUAGUGUGCAGCUCAAAAACAUAAGAGAACCUUAUAUGGGAGCAACUUUGUCCUCCAUAAUGAAUGCCGAAAUGAAAGCCAAGAACACCGAGGACAAACCGAAAGUGGCAACAAUGGGGAAGUGAAUCAACAUGUACAAUAUAAUAAUCGGCCAUGAAUAUUGAACAGCAGAGAAAUAGGAGCAGUGCAGCAGUAACAGUAAAAGCCACUUAAUGAUGAUGCACAUGAACUUACUGCAUUUUGGGUUGGCAAACAAAGUCGGCAAUUUGAUCAAUGGUGAUAACGGGAAGUCAUCAGAAAAUAUUUUUAUACCUAAUCAAUCAGACUGAAUCGGCCGGGAUCUGAUCACAAUAGGCAAUAUGAUGGAUGCUGCUGAGGUGAACGGAAGCUGCUAUCCUGAAAUCCCAAAACCGCAAACUGGGUGAAGAGAUUCGAACCAAUAGAACAGAAGGGGCUGAAUCGCCGCCUCUAAACUGGUCGAUAAACCAGAAUCUCCGGUGGAAUUAGGUGAAUCAGGCAGAAUGUGACGAGGUGAUUGGGCGAAUUCGGCGGACUCAUCGUCGGAGUGGCGAUAGCGACAGUCGGCGGCGGAAUUUAACCCUGCCGCGACGGAGCGGAAUCCCCGCCGGAAUUGCUGAGGAGGCCGAUCGCCGGGCCGAGAGGGAGAAAAAGAAUCCGACUUGCAUACCGUAAAACGAAAAAGGAAAAAAAAAUUCUCGCACGUGUGAAGGGAAACGUGUGCCACAUUUCCCGCCAAGAGUUCCCGCCAACAUAACCCGCCGUUCCCUCUAUUACCCGCCCUUUCCAGUCCAUUGCCUCCCUCCGCUCUCAUUUCAGUCGGCGAAAACAAAACAACAGCAGAAAGAGUGAUUUCUCGGUGAGCAAUUGCAGUAUCCUAUUUCCCGGCGGCGAAGGUGAGAGAUCAUCUAGAGAGAUGUCGGGAUGGGACGAAGGAGCCGUCUACUACAGCGACCAAGCGCAGUUCCCGGAAUCCGGCGCCGACGGUGGCGGUGGCGGAAUCAGCCGCCACACUAUCCUCCGGAAGUUGAAGGAGUUCAUCAGAAACUUCGAGACCGACAAGAACGUUUUCCCGUACAGAGAGAGUCUGGUUCACAACUCCAAGUCUCUCCUCGUCCACCUCGAAGAUCUGCUCGCCUUUGAUGCCGAGCUUCCAUCGCUCCUCCGUUCCUCUCCCGCCGAUAACCUCCCUCUGUUCGAGACGGCGGCGGCGGAGGUGCUGCAGGGGUUGAGAUUGAAGAAGCUAACCGAUGAUGGGGAAAUGAAGGAGCCGGAGACCGGGGAGGUUCAGAUACUACUGAGUUCGAAGGAAGAUCCUGUUUCCAUGAGAGCCCUAGGGGCCGAUUACAUUUCCAAGCUGGUGAAGAUAUCUGGAAUCACCAUUGCUGCUUCACGAGUUAAGGCAAAAGCCACAUAUGUUAGUCUGGUGUGCAAGAACUGUCAGAGUACAAAGGAAGUUCCUUGUCGUCCAGGGCUUGGAGGUGCUGUAAUGCCACGUUCUUGUGACCACGCUCCUCAGCCUGGUGAAGAAGCGUGCCCCAUUGAUCCUUGGAUAAUAGUUCCUGACAAAAGUAGAUAUGUUGAUCAGCAGACACUGAAAUUGCAAGAGAAUCCUGAGGAUGUCCCCACUGGAGAGCUUCCCAGAAACAUGCUACUUUCUUUGGAUCGUCACUUAGUUCAAAGAAUAGUACCAGGGACGAGGCUGACAAUCAUUGGAAUCUACAGCAUUUUUCAGGCAGCCAAUUCAUCAAAUAACAAUAGAGGAGCUGUUGCAGUGAGGCAGCCUUAUAUAAGGGUUGUGGGGAUGGAAGAAGCCAAUGAAGCCAGUAGUCGUGGUCAUGCGUCCUUCACACAAGAAGAGGAAGAAGAAUUUAGAAGGUUUGCCUCCAGAACGGAUGUUUACGAAGCCAUAUGCGCUAAGAUUUCUCCAUCUAUAUUUGGGGAAGAAAAUGUGAAGAAAGCUGUGGCUUGCCUUCUAUUUGGAGGUUCAAGGAAGAACCUGCCAGAUGGGGUGAAGUUAAGAGGUGACAUCAAUGUGUUGCUACUGGGAGACCCGUCCACUGCUAAAUCACAGUUUCUCAAGUUUGUUGAGAAGACGGCUCCUAUCGCUGUUUAUACUUCUGGGAAAGGGUCAUCAGCUGCUGGUCUGACAGCUUCUGUGAUACGGGAUGGAAGCUCUCGUGAAUUCUACCUUGAAGGAGGAGCCAUGGUUCUAGCAGAUGGAGGUGUUGUGUGCAUAGAUGAGUUUGACAAGAUGAGGCCUGAAGACAGGGUGUCUAUUCACGAAGCAAUGGAACAGCAAACGAUAUCCAUAGCAAAAGCAGGAAUUACAACUGUUCUUAAUUCUAGAACUUCAGUACUUGCUGCUGCUAAUCCUCCAUCAGGACGGUAUGAUGAUCUCAAGACUACACAGGAAAACAUUGAUUUGCAAACAACGAUUCUUUCUCGAUUCGACUUGAUCUUCAUUGUGAAAGACAGAAGAGACAUGAAGCGAGAUAAGAUCAUUGCCAGCCAUAUUAUAAAGGUUCAUGCAUCUGCUGAUCAAACAGCCACAGACCACAAGGUUUCUAAAGAGGAUAACUGGCUCAAGAGAUACAUACAGUUCUGUCGUUCAACUUGUCGCCCUCGUCUCUCCGAGUCAGCAGCCACUAGGCUCCAAAAUGAAUAUGUUAGAUUCAGACAGGACAUGAGAAGGCAAGCCAAUGAAACAGGAGAAGCAUCUGCUGUGCCCAUUACAGUAAGACAACUGGAAGCAAUCGUAAGGCUGAGCGAGUCUCUUGCAAAAAUGAAACUGUCACAGAUUGCAACGGAGGCUGACGUGGUUGAAGCAGUGAACCUGUUCAAGGUGUCCACCAUAGAGGCAGCACAGUCCGGGAUUAAUCAGCAUGUGACUUCUACACCUGAGAUUCAGGUUGGUAUCCCCCAAGCUGAAGCUCAGAUAAAGAGAAGGAUCGGGAUAGGUAUGAGGAUUUCGGAGAGGAAAUUGAUCGAUGAUCUCGGCAGGAUGGGGAUGAAUGAAUCCAUUGUGAGAAGAGCUCUAAUAGCCAUGAACCAGAGGGACGAAAUCGAGUACAAGCAUGAAAGACGCAUCAUAGUGCGAAAGCUAUGAUCUUAACAACCUGCAGAUGCUUUUUGCUCACGAAUCAUGGAUGUACAAUGCGAAUUCUCGAUAUGCAUGGCAUCACUCAGCAUGUAAUGAAUCAUCUUAGUUAGUUAAACUAAUAGGGCUAGUGCUCUGUCUAAUUAAAAAGGUCAAUGAAUCCAGAUCAAAGCAGAGUUCUUGUUGUCCGUAAAAACAAUUAAGGCUAUUUUAAGAUUUUCGUAAGAUAUCAAAUUGCAGCUAUGUAGCCUUCUAAAUUGUGAUGUUGAACGAGUUCUUUUUAAACUGAAGGUACUAUUGGAAAUGGAGA